AAGUCUUGCUCUUUAUUGAACACUUAUCACGAUAACAAGAUAACAAGUCACCUUAUAAACUCCAGGAAGUACUAGACGAUGGUGUUUUGCGUCAAAAUGCUUUACUUUGCGAUUUUAUGUUGUGCAACUCUUGCACUUGGGGUUCCCCUUCAGGAGGCAAAAUCGGUCCAAAUCGGAGGAAGAAUAAUUGGUGGUCAAAAGGCAUACGCUGGACAGUUCCCCUUUCUCGCUGCUAUUUAUACCCAUACAAAGGAUGGAAGUUAUUUUUGUGGGGGCGCCCUUCUGAACCAAGAAUGGGUCCUGACCGCUGGGCAUUGCGUUGAUGGAGCUGUUUCGUUUACUGUCCAUUUGGGGUCCAACACUUUGGACGGCAGCGACCCAAAUCUUAUCAAACUAUCAACCGACACUUUUGUGUUGCAUCCUGAAUAUGACCCAAUGACUUUGAACAAUGACAUUGGUUUGAUCAAAUUUCGCAUGGCUAUCACAUAUUCCACUUAUGUGUACCCUAUACACAUGUUACCCUCAGCUCCGCUAUCUGAUUAUUCUCCACUUUUGACAAUGGGUUGGGGGCAGAUUAGUGACGACGACUCUGGUCUUCAAAAUGACGUACAUUACGUCUCGGUUACAACCAUUUCGAAUAAUGAGUGUAAAAUAGUUUAUGGAAACCAAAUUGUUGAGACGAUGGCUUGUGCCGAAGGAAAUUAUAAUGAAGGAAUUUGCUACGGCGAUACUGGAGGUCCAUUGAUUCAAUAUGUAAGUCGAAACCAAGUUAUGCACGUUGGUGUUGCCAGUUUCUUUAGCCAGAAUGGAUGCGAAAGCACUGAUCCUUCAGGAUAUACCAGAACGUACAAUUAUGCCAAAUGGAUCAGAAAUAUCACAGGUUUUAAAAUUAAACCGAUAAUCAUGCGUAAAAUCUGGCCAUAUAAAAUCAAUAAAGUUGAAGAAAAGCCUAGUAACAAAAUGAAGGUUCUUAUUUUGGCAGUUGUGCUAUCCUCGGCUCUCGCCUCGCCAAGCUUGCGUAUCAUCGGAGGACACGAUGCAAACGCUGGUGAAUUUCCCUAUGCGGCAGCAAUUUAUGUUCAAACUUCGGAUGGAACUUACUUUUGCGCUGGGGCUCUAUUAAGUAACCAAUGGGUUUUGACCAGCGGAAGCUGUGUUGAUGGGGCUGUGUUAUUCUCAAUUCGAGUCGGAGCGAAUGCUCUCAAUUCGUCAAGUUCUGUGAAACUUACGACUGAUAAUUCCGUCUUGCAUCCAGAUUAUAGCACAAAUCCGCGAGAUAAUGAUCUUGGGCUUAUUAAGCUUCGCUUACCUGUUGCUUUUAAUGAUUACGUAAACGCAGCUUCGCUUCCCACCAGAGACGUGCAACCCUAUGCCCUUAUUACGGCAAUUGGUUGGGGACAAACCAGUGAUGAUCAUGCUGGACUUAACAACGACCUACAAGCUGUCACUUUAACAGCUUUGUCGAAUGACGAAUGCAAACUUGCUUUCGGUAGUCAAAUUAACGCAAACAUGGUCUGUGUCGAUGGAAAUUAUAAUCAAGGAACUUGCUUGGGUGAUACUGGAGGCCCAUUGAUUCAGCAUGUCAGUGGACAUAUUGCCACAGUGGUUGGAGUCUCUAGUUUCAUUAGCGCAAAAGGGUGCGAAAGUACUGAUCCCUCGGGGUAUUUCAGGACUUUUCCCUACGUUGAUUGGAUUAAAAAUGUAACGGGGAUAUAGAUGGGUUUUAGGAUUUAUAAAAAAAUAAUUAAAAGUUUGGUUAUUGGUGUUUAAUAAUUUUCUAAAUAAUAGAAUGUAAAUUUUACUUGAGUGAGUUUUUAAUAAAGUGAUGAAGCGUU